AUGGGAUUAAGCAUCGUCGGCCUCGGCCUAGUCGCUCUGGUCGCCUUCUUGGCUGGUCCAGUCAGCCAUUUCGUGCAGAUUGCAGGGGUCUUCCUCACGCCUAAUCCGACAGUGCUAGCUGCAGGCCAGGGCCCAAUCUACAUCCAAGACACCAUCCAUUGCGAGGAUGUGCAUUACUACCGCCCGGCGAACCUGCUGUUCACUGCCUGCGAGGACGACAAAAGCACGCGGUUUAGCUGGUUCCCGCCAAUUGGCCACUUCCUGCCAGUCACGACCCAAGGCUCUAUUCAUGUCGUGGAUCCCAAGACUAUGAAAUCGACUCGUCUGGCAUUCGAGAACUUCCAAGGCACCUUCGUGACACAUGGAAUCGAUGUCAUCGAGGACCCCGAGGACUCAGACGCCGUCUACAUUUACGCCGUCAACCACUUGCCCAACCCGGCAUACUUUGAAGCCGGCGAGCCCAAAGACGUCCCCAAAGCCCAGUCCCAGAUUGAGCUCUUCCAUCACGUCCUCAACUCCGAUUCUGUCCGACAUGUGCGCUCAAUCAGCCACCCGCUCAUUAAAACCCCCAACGACAUCUACGCGGUCAGCCCAGUCUCCUUCUACGUCACCAACGACCACUUCUACCGCGAGGGGCCCCUGCGACUCUUCGAAGCCGUCUGGCGCUCAGCCAGGUGGUCCAACAUCAUCUCCGUGCAGAUCGCCGAUCUGGCAAGCAAAGACGCACCUGUCGAAGCCUCCGUCGCACUGAUGGGUCUAUGGAACAACAACGGUCUCGGGCACGGCCGCACUGACGACGAAGUCGUCAUUGCUAGCGCUAUGGGUGGCGAGAUCUUCCUCGCAACCCGGCAUGAGUCCAAUCACUCACUCUCCAUCGAUACCUCGAUUGCCUUUUCUAGUUCUCUCGCUGAUAACCCGUCCUAUUAUGAAGACCCAUACCGCACUGACUCGCAUGAUGCGAGCGGCUUCCUCGCCGCCGGUAUCUCGCAGGCCAUUCGCUUUUUGGGGAAUGCUAAGGAUCCGAAUGCCAAGGAUCCGAUCCAGGUGUGGUAUACGACUCUCAAUUCGCACACUGGGGUCUGGGAGAAGAAGGUGCUGUUUGAGGAUGAUGGGUCUAGGGUUCGGACUGCGAGUGCCGCUGUUUUGGUGCCUAUUGAGCCUAAGGCUAGUGAAAGACUAGCUUGGCUCUUUGUUACUGGGUUCAUGUCGGAGAGUAUGGUGGCUGUACAGGUUGAGCUGUAG